AUGGGUGGUUUCUUUGUGGAUGAGAAAAUCGUUAAGUGGCAAGCGAGCGAUUUCCCGAAGGUUCAGAUGCCCUCCGACACGCAGUUCAUGCAUAUCAUUAAGAUGCUUAGGAUUUUACGCCAUCUGAUUUCUCUGUUUAAUUCGUCCUACAAUGGAGAAAAGUUAUUGCAAGAGGCUCAUUACCAGAAGAGCAGCAGCAAGCGCAGCGAGAAUCUUCCUCGGGCGCUUUCUCAGCGCUGCCUUCGGCUUCCACACGAACCUCUCGACCGCAGCCUCCGGCUUGUCUCACACACUCCGCUGCAUCCAGAAGGCGCGGGCGCAGACGUGGCAGAUGGCCAACAAGGUGAGCGCCUGACAUUGAACAGAAAAAAACCUGAAUGCCCGUCAAGCCUUAACGACAAAAGCCCGAACAGGAAAACGCCACUUCCACAUAACAGCAGCCCAGAACCCGUAACGCACAGUCCUUACAGGGAGGCUUCAAAGGCCUCAGACUCCCCGCACGGCCGAGAGAAGAAGUACGAGGACGGUAACACUCCAAUCGGCUUCUGGUGGGACGUUCCGAGGUCGCGGUCUGGCCAGCAUCAGCGGAUCUUCUCAGCCAGAGGCGCGACUGUGGAACGAAUUCACCACCACCGAGGUCGCCGAAAGGACCCACGCAAUCUAGUGAACACAGCGGCAACAUCAAUGCUUCGAGGAAACGUCACUUUAUCUCCUGUACACUCGUGGCAACAUUUAAGGCACUACAAUAAUCUUCCAAUAAAUAAUUCAUUAAUAAGAAAUAAUAACGAUACUCGCAGACGUCGAAUAACCGAGCAGUGGCAAGCUUCCAGUCGGUUCAAUACCAAGCGUAGGAAAUCGACAGUGGUUGACGAUGGUCCUUCUCAAAGCGAGGUUUCCGAGCCGCAGAUCGCGCCCGCCAACCACAUCUCUUUGCAAAUGGCGGACGAUGUCGCGGAUGGCCUGCAUAAUGUUCCUCCUAUUUUCACGGCAAUUCAGAGCAACGACACCGAAACUGUGAAAAACCUGUUGCAAGAGAAUCCGACCCUGCUAAGCUCUGCAAGAUGCGGGGGGCUGGCGCCCCUCCACGCCGUCUGCCACAUCCAAAAUUUAAAUAUCCUGGUUCUCUUGCUCGAACACAAGGCAGAUACGCACUCCCUCGACGACCACGGGAACACAGCUCUGCAUCUCGCCGUGAAGAGGGAGUGGCACAAAGGCAUCGAGGAGCUCCUUCGAUACGGCGCCUCGACGGACACCGAGUGCGAGCCUCCGCCCCACGAGAAGACGACGCGAGAGACGCCCUUCCACGCGGCCGUCCGUCUCGGCGACGUGGAGACCGUGAAACUGAUGCUGACUUACAAGCCGAACUUGACUGCUCUCGACGGCAAGGGGUGCAGCGUGCUGCACAUGGCCGCCCGCGUGCACAGCGUCCAGAUCAUCAACAUUUUAUUACAAGACAAAGUUGUCCAGGAGGUGCUCCACACCCGCGACUGCGACGGGAAUACGGUGCUUCACACGGCUCUCAUCGAAGACCACGGGAGUGUAGAGGAGGCCAUCCUUCUCGAAAUCGUAAGGCUGUUUUUCGAAGCGGGGGUCGAUGUGAAUACGACUAAUUCCUACGGCGAAUCUGCGCUUUAUUUAGCCGCUCGGUUUGGGUUACCGAAUCUGGUUGAGCUGUUGCUGUCCAUGGGUGCUGACCCUCUGAGUGUGACCACCAAGGGAGCUUCUGUCCUUCAUGCAGCUUGCCACCGAGGCUGCGCCACCAGCUUGGACUUGCUCCUGAAAACCGGGCAAAUGAAAGACUUCAUAACAAAGGAAGACAAAAGUGGCCGCGAGCCAUUCCAUUGUGCUGUGUAUAGCAGUUCGAUAGACUGUUGCGAACUGUUGAUCCGAAAUGGGGACCAUCUCACGCGCAAGGACUGCGAUGGCGUGACACGAUCCUCGCUCAUUAUCGACAACUUGCCCUCGGCAAAGGAGCUCCUUUCGCGCCUGUUCGACUCCUGCGUGAGGAUACCAAACAAGUUCCGUCGCGAUCCUGAUUUCCAUAUCUCCUUCGAUUACUCGGUGUUGCUUCCCGUGGACCAGGACAUACAGAGCUCCCUCAUCCCGGAGAUCAACGUCGGCGAAGCAGAGUCUCUCCUGAAACACCCGCUUAUUGAGAGCUUUCUCUACAAGAAGUGGAAUAAAAUCAAGUUCUUCUUUUAUGGAAAUGUCCUCACUUUCUUCAUCUUCCUGACGAUGCACACGGCGUAUAUCGACUCGAUCUUCCAGCCGGAUGCCCGUCCGGACGAUGUGGUACGCGGUCGGGCUUUUCGUGUGUGUUACAUCUGCAUCUAUCUGCUCGUCCUUGUGCCCGAGAUUCUCAACAUGUGCGCGCACCCGAAGAAGUUUUUCAAAUCCUGGGAAUCGAUCACAAAAUUCACUUCUCUCUCCACCUCGGCCAUCAUCGUCUUCUCGUUUCUGGACUUCGACGACGAAACCGAGAGCGGCGACGCAGCACGAAUUCAGAAGCACAAUUUAAGCCAUGGGUCUUCAUUCACGAACCUUGCGGCGGUGUCCAUAUUCUCAAGCUGGGUUGAGCUCAUGAUGCUUCUGGGGCGCUUCCCGGCCCUUGGCACGUAUAUUCUCAUGUUUUCCAGGAUAGCCAAGUCCCUCAUCUACUUCAUCAUGGCCUUUUCGAGUCUCCUCAUCGGGUUCUCUCUGGCGUUCCGAGUCUUCUUUUUCAAGGACGAAAACUUCCAUGGCUUCAUCCCCAGUCUGGUGAGAACCUUGAUGAUGAUGAUAGGCGAGAUCGACUACGGGUCUUUGGUGGAGGAUGGUAAUACCCCCAUUCUCUGCUACAUCUUCCUGGCACUGUUCCUGUUCCUUGUGUGCGUCCUCAUGGCGAACCUCUUGAUAGGUUUGGCCGUCGACGACAUCGCCAAGUUACAGACACUCGGCAGGAUUGCAAGGCUGUCCAAGCAGGCCUCCUACAUCAUCACGUAUGAAAGGCUGACGCGAUUCGCGAUCAAGACGAAGCUGUUUCCCUUCCACUCGGCCGAGAAGCUGGACAAGAUCUGCCGCCUGAAGCCCAGAUGCAACAUUUACCUAAACAGGAAACGCUCUCGAAUGCUCCACAGGAAACCUCUGCCCUAUGAAGCCGUGGAAGCUGCAGUGAUCAUUGGACAUGCCGAGGCUGCACCGACCGAGAGCGACUCCGGCGCGAAGCCUGUGCAAGCGCUUGAGAAGGCGAGCAUUGUCAACAUCACGGCGAAGCUCGAAGAUAUUGAGAGGAUGCUGCAGAAGAUUGUGCCGGAAAAGUCUGAGUAAAUUCCAAGGAUACUAAGAGAGAGAGGGAGAGGGAGAAGGAGAGAGAGAGAGAAAGAGUGAGAGAGAGAGAG